ACUGAUAAGAUGGCUUGAUAAGAUGGGUUUGAACAGGUGGCUCAUUUCACUGAGGUAAUCUAGUCAAUUUUUCCACUGGUUCUUUUUUUUUUUUAAUGCAUAAUUUUCUGAUUGCUCAGUCAAUACAAAAAUGAUUUCACAGUCCCGAGUCAUUCUCCUGCUUCCAGUUGGUGUUGCGAUGAAGACUGUCCUGUUUGCUUUGUUUGUUAUGGCAGUGGAAUGCCAUGGUGGUGAAGACAAGAUCAUUGGUGGGUAUGAGUGUCCUCCGCAUUCUCAGCCAUGGCAGGUCUACCUCACUUAUGACGAUGGAGAGCGCUGGUGUGGAGCCUCCAUGAUCAAUGAGAGAUGGGCAGUUUCUGCUGCACACUGCUUUGUCCCUGCCCCUCGCCUCGCCCUUCACCUGGGAGAGCACCACCUGUUCAAGGAGGAGAGCACAGAGCAGCGGAUCUGGGCGGAGAAGGUCAUUCCCCACCCUCAGUACGAUGACGUCACAUACGACAACGACUUCAUGCUGAUCAAGCUGAUGGAGCCGGCGGUCUUCAACAAGUAUGUCCAGCCCAUUCCCUUGGCAACCAGCUGUUCCCAGCCAAACGCUCAGUGCCUUGUGUCUGGAUGGGGCAAUCAGAUCAACUCGGGAGUUAACUACGCAUCAGUUUUGCAAUGCUUGAACAUGCCUGUGCUCUCGAAGUCCCAGUGUGAGGAUGCCUAUGGCCAGAGGAUCACUGAUAACAUGUUUUGUGCUGGCUACCUGGAAGGAGGCAAAGACUCCUGUCAGGGUGACUCUGGAGGCCCUCUGGUUUGCAACGGAGAGCUGUAUGGGGUCGUCUCUUGGGGUUUUGGCUGUGCUGAAGCUGGUUUUCCUGGGGUGUAUGCCGCAGUUUGCCGCUAUAAUAACUGGGUUAAGGAAACCAUUGCCAACAACUGAGAGAAUAUCCUGUUUAUUCACAUCUCACCUGUUAGGCACAUCUCUCAAAAGGUUUUGAGUUUAAAGAAUACAUGAACAAUAAAUAUGUCAAAGCAA